AUGACUAUAUGGGAAGGUAAUCAACCAAGUCUGUAUUCAAGAACCCUACUAAUAUUCCCAGAUCUUCGGCUCCAAAAGCAUUAUCUAUUUGGACUCAUCACAUCAAAAACAUCUCUUUCCAAAACGGUUUCACGCCAAAUCGAGGGCGCUGCCAUCACCAUUGGCGCCGGUGAACAAAUGCUUAAUAUUGAUCAACAAGCCCAUCUAAGGAACCUCACCAUAGUCUCCGGUGGCGGUGGGACUGUCGGUCCGGGAGGUUACCUUACCGGAGCUGGUCAUGCUGCACUGAGUUCGACCUACGGACUUGGUGCAGAUCAAGUUCUGGAGAUGGAAAUUGUGACUCCUGGUGGAGAUAUAAUAACCAUAAAUGAAUGCCAACACACCGAUUUGUUCUGGGCCAUGAGAGGAGGAGGCGGCUCUACUUUCGGUGUCAUAACCUCAGUGACGAUCAAAGUAUUUCCUUCAUCCGCCUUCCUUGCUGCCACCGUAUUCCUUGGCAUAAAAAUAGGAACCGAUACCUACUUUGACGUCGCGACAUCCCUUCUCGGGCAGUUUCCCGCCCUCGGCGACCAGGGUAUGACAGCAUACUCACAACUCGUAUACAACUAUACCAGUGCUGAGCUGAACAUCACCACUCCCGUAGACGGCUUCACUGGCACAUUCCUCCUCCCAGCCCUCCACACAGAAAACACGACCGAAUCCCUGACCGCAACGCUACAAAAGGUUCUAGAUGAUGUCACAGCGCCAUAUCCGAACCAGUUCCCGUUAUCAAUUUCUUCGCAGAGCUUUCCUGGUUUCUACACCUGGUACUUGCCACACAACGGUCCAAACAAUGCUGGUUUUGACGCACAAACUGGUUCCAGACUCCUUGAUGGCAAGGCGUUAACAAAUGCUCCCGGGUUGAAAGAGGCUUUGAAAAUACUUAUACCUGCCCAAUCCCCGCUGCAAAUAUAUCUGGUCAAUGGGAAGGGGGUGCAUAAUGCACGACCAAGAGGUGGAGGAAAUGCUGUUAACCCUGCUUGGAGAUCGGCUUAUGUCCAUAGCGUGGUUGGUGCCGAAUGGGCGCCAUUUGAUGUUGCCGAGAAGGCGAGACAGGAGGACCUCCUUACCAAUACCUAUGUUGAGGCUUGGAGAAAGUUGGCGCCAGAUACGGGUGCGUAUGUGAACGAGGCCGAUGUGAACGAACCCAACUUCCAGCAAGCCUUCUGGGGCGAUAAUUACCCACGUCUACUAAGCAUCAAAAAGGCCGUGGACCCGGCGAUGUCCUUUGGUGCCAUCCAUGUGUUGGGAAUGAGGGGUGGAAAGUGA